UGUGCCACGGGGACUGGAUCAAGUAUCUUCCGUCGCAUUUUUAAUGCGUUACGUAAGGCCCAUGUCCUUCAUGUAACUUUGCCAUGUGCUAGGCGUACAUAGUGAAAGCUACGCAUAAUUUACUGUCUAACACUGUGUCGCUUAUCUUAUCGUAUCUUCAAUUCAUCCUUACCUUUUUCUUUCCUUACCAUCUGAAUACCGAUGCGACAGCCCGCUGCCAAACCGGACAGCAGCAGCGCAGCACAAUAUGACCAUCAUGAUCUGGCGAUAGUAUAGCUCGCUAGCUAACAUACCUCAUACUCCCUCGUAGAAAUUAUAAACCGAGUACCUCAUUGCCAUUCCACCAUGGCGCCAACCUCUACUUCGACCUCAAAGGUCGCGCCCACCGGCAACCCAGCGCCCGACUUCACCGUCACCAUGAACCGUAUUCAGACGCAGCUCGAAGCGCGCAUGAAAGCCGCCCGCUUAUUCCUCCCCUCGCGCUCCGAUCUCAACAACGCCUCCUCAUCCUCCGGCAGCGGUUCCUUCUCUGCGCUCGGCGGCAGCUCCAGUUCCUCCAACCCCCGAGCCCAGUUUCGCGAUGCGGCAGCCAGACGAGCCGCCGAAGAAGCAGAGUUCGCUGAAGAGCGCGGUCUCGAUCCAAACGCGGGUAUAGGGCUAACUCGCAGUCCCGCGACCGGAAACGAGAACACCGGCGGAACAGAUCGGGAUACAGCCAGACUGCGUGGGCGACUGUUGGGAAAGCGAGGGAGGAACAGCGCCGAUGCCAACGGCCAGCAGAAAUGGGUGCGCAAGGAGGACAGCAGCGACGAGGAGGCGGGGCGGAGCGGACUCGGACGAGCUAAGAGGAACGGGAAGAGAUUACGGGCGGAGGAGAUGCAGGAUGGUAGUGACCAUGUCGAGUCGGGUACAUCCUCAGAGCCUAAGAGGCAAGGGGCUGAUACAGACGGUAUCAAAGCGCAGGCUAGCCGCACCAACGGUCCCAGGGACGGAACGGAAAACCCGGUUGUCGAGCCCGCAGGAGCAGCACCCAAAAUUGAGCCCAAUCAACCCCCAUCGGAAGAAAACCCGAAGAAAAAGCGGAAGAGGAAAAAGAAAAACAAGGCAAGGGAUGGAACUAGAGCCGGAACUGGAACUGGAACUGGUGGGGGAGUAGGGUAAUAAGAUUGGAUCGUCCCUGUGGCUGUCCCUUAAAAUGACAGAGUCUGCAAUUGGGACUUCUAAGCCAACCAUUUAGCUUCGAAUUAGAUUUACUAAGGAGUCUUCGAAAUGUGAUAGAUCAUAUCAUCAACAAUCAAACUGCUAGGUAAGGGAACUACUGCGGCU